AUGAAUAACAGUAGCAGUAACAGCAUCAAUUUUCCUCCUAGUGGUGGCGGUGGAAUGGACCCUCCUGGUGGCAACGGUGGAAUACGUCCUCCUGCUGGUGGCGGUGGAAUGGGUCCUCCUGGUGGUGGUGGUGGAAUGGGUCCUCCACCGGACUUUGGUUCAAUCUCGAUUACAGCUAUCCAAAGAAACUUGGUUUUCUACGGUUAUAUUCUUCUUUUCCUCUUUGGCUUUUUCGGUCAUGCAGCAAGUGCCACCAUCUUUCUUCGUCGAACUCUUCGCACGGUUUCGACGAGCUGUCUGUUCGUAUGUAUGGCUGGGUCCGAUACAAUCUAUUUGUUAAUGUGUAUUUACGAUUUUAUUUUUCUUGGUCUUGGUGUUCCCACAACAAAUAUCAAUCUUAUGAAUGCAUUGUGUCGUUUUCGUUCAUUUGUUCAAUAUUUUUCUAUGUGCUAUUCCGCUUGGCUCCUAUUAUCCAUUACAAUCGAUCGAUGGCUUCGUGUUCAAUUCCCUUUUCGAGUCAAAGAAUUGUGCACGACAAAAAGAGUACUUAUUGGUGCAUUCAUUAUUCUCAUGUUUUCUGUUACACUCAAUUCUCAUUUACUGCUACCAUCACUGGGCGUUGUACCGGGCGCUAUCGCAUGUGCUCCCGGUCCUAUGUCAAAUCCUACUUACCAAUACUUCUACAUGGAAAUCUGGCCUUUUCUAAUAACCAGUCUUCAAAUUAUUUUACCCACAAUACUUCUUCUCAUAUUCAGUAUUAAAAUAUUCCUUGAGCUUCGUCGUCAACAACAAAAAAAACAUCAAUUGAAACAAGGUCAUCGCCGUACUUUUCUCGAUCGACAAAUAUUAAUAAUUAUGCUCACUAGUAUAUUUCUCUUCUUUGUCACACAAAUCCCAUUAAGUCUCUUCUAUAUUCUUAUGUCUUCUGUUCUUCGAAAUGAACUUGGACUUGAACAACUACUUCAGCUUAAUACUAUUGUCACUUUCGUUGCUUCGAUCAAUUAUGCUGUAAGUUGA